AUGGUGUCAGACGCCAGCAAGAAGAAGGCCGCGGCCAAAAAGCUCGCUGCUGCCGAGAAGCGUGGAUCCAAAUCAGCGGCCGUUGUUGCACAGACGAAGCUGAAAGAUGUCACUAACGGUACCUCUGCGGACACCCUGGCGGAAGAGUUGGCUGCUGCUAACAUAACUGACCGGACUUGUACGGGUGUUCUAGCAUCUCAUGCCCAGUCAAGAGAUAUCCACAUCGAGUCCUUAUCUGUAACAUUCCAUGGUCACGAGCUGGUGGCAGACUCAACUUUGGAACUGAAUUACGGAAGACGAUACGGUUUGCUUGGACUGAACGGUUGUGGAAAAUCUACGCUUUUGACCGCUAUCGGUCUUCGAGAAGUCCCAAUCCCGGAGCAUAUGGAUAUAUACCAUUUGACCAGAGAGAUCGACGCUACAGACAUGACGGCGCUUCAGGCUGUCAUGAAUGUGGAUUCAGAGAGGCUUCUCCUGGAGAAAGAGGCUGAGAAGCUCUCCCAACAAGAUGACGGUGGAGGCGAGCCCUUGGAGCGUAUUUAUGAGAGGUUGGAGGCCAUGGACUCUGCCACAGCAGAAAUGCGGGCAGCCCAGAUCUUGCAUGGUCUUGGAUUCACUAAGAAAAUGCAAAACAAAAAGACGCGAGACUUUUCGGGAGGGUGGAGAAUGAGGAUUGCUUUGGCUCGUGCUUUGUUCAUGAACCCAACAAUCCUCCUACUGGAUGAACCCACCAAUCACUUAGAUUUGGAGGCUUGUGUGUGGUUGGAGGAGACCCUGAAGAAAUUUGAGCGGAUCCUGGUUGUUGUCUCUCACUCCCAAGAUUUUUUGAAUGGUGUGUGCACAAACAUCAUUCACAUGCAAAACAAACAGCUCAAGUUUUACACAGGAAAUUAUGAUCAGUACUGUCAAACAAGGGCUGAAUUGGAAGAGAAUCAGAUGAAGCAGUAUCGUUGGGAGCAAGAGCAGAUAUCAGCUAUGAAGGAAUAUAUCGCUCGAUUUGGGCACGGUUCUGCAAAGCUCGCUCGUCAAGCUCAAAGUAAAGAGAAAACGCUAGCCAAGAUGGAAAGAGGUGGACUCGCAGAAAAGGUUGUUAGGGAUAAGGUUUUGACUUUCAGGUUUACGGAUGUUGGAAAACUGCCACCACCCGUUCUUCAGUUUGUUGAUCUGAAGUUUGGCUACACACCCGAUCAGCUUAUAUAUGAGAAGGUUGACUUUGGCGUUGAUCUUGACUCUCGCAUAGCCCUCGUGGGACCCAAUGGAGCUGGAAAGAGUACUCUCUUAAAACUCAUGACUGGUGAGUUGGAGCCAUUGGAUGGUAUGGUCCGUCGGCACAAUCAUCUUCGAAUUGCUCAAUAUCAUCAGCACCUUGCAGAGACCUUAUCCCUUGAAAUGUCAGCACUUCAGUAUAUGAUGUCGGAGUACCCUGGCCUCGAGGAAGAGAAGAUGCGGUCUGCCAUUGGGCGCUUUGGACUCACUGGUAAAGCUCAAGUUAUGCCUAUGGGCAAUCUCUCUGAUGGGCAGAAAAGUCGUGUUAUUUUUGCGUGGUUGGCGUGGAGACUACCCCAUCUGCUCCUUCUGGAUGAGCCAACUAAUCAUUUGGAUAUUGAAACUAUUGAUUCUCUUGCUGAGGCUCUUAACGAGUGGGACGGAGGUCUUGUUCUUGUCAGUCACGACUUCAGGCUCAUCAAUCAGGUUGCCAAAGAGAUCUGGGUGUGCGAGAAAAAGACGAUCACUAGGUGGAAUGGUGAUAUUAUGGAUUUCAAGAGACAUCUCAAGAGAUCUGCGGGACUGUAGGUUAUAGAUGGUGAGUUUUGUGCCGGUGGCUACCUUGCUUGCAAGUUCAGAGAGCUCGCGCUGCUACCGAAGAAGACUUUUAGAGAUAAUGACGCAAAUGUUGGGGGUGGAUGUAAUAUUUGAAGUUUGAACUCGUCUCACCCUAGAUACCAGCAACAUUUUUCCUCCGUGAAACGUUCCAAGCGUCAGCUUCUGAAAUGAGCUCCUACAAACGCUGUGGUGCUCCUUGAUUGCCACAAAAUGGCUUAGCUGCGGCGAAUGUUGGAAUUAGAUUAAGAUCGUGGAAGCAUGAUUUUUAUUUGAGAUUUUUUGGAUAGAGAAACCUGCAGUACAUGCUAUUUUUUGUACAUGUGCGUGAGUUGGUUUCUGGACACGUUCCAAGUGGGUUGCAAUAUUGCACAGCCACGCCGCGGAAAUGUGGAGGCUGUCGAUUCUCCUGGUAUUUCAUUCAUGACAUAGUAGUUUUCUGGAGGAUGUGACCGACGGGCACCCUUUCUACUCAGUUGGGUCAGCAUUCCCACUUCAUAAGGUAUGCAUUCUGCAGAGACCAUUUUAAAGAGUCCUUAGUAAGGCUCAUUUUUGUAACUUUUCAAUACGAAUUAGUUGACCUUCAUAUUUCUUUCAUUCUCUACUACCUGGCGUUUCAGGUCAUCUUCGACAGUUUAUUAAAAUAGUGUAAAUGCUUAAUAUUCAUGGAGUCCUGUAGUUGACAUUUGGAGAGGGUCGAUUCUGGAAAUUCAAGAAUCUUUUCCAUAUGCAAUUUUGCGUCGACUAAUCUGUCUGCUCGCCAGGGUCCUGACGUUGGUAACGUGUGAUUUGGCUCGAGCAUGUAGUCGUCGUUGCUUGUAGAUAAAACUAUGCUCUUUGAAACCACGCUUUGUGAAGUAACACAAGCUCUAUCAAAGCUGGGCUGGUUCA